AUGGGACGGGCUAUGAGGAUGCGAGAACUGCUGAGUAAAGCAAUCACCACGCUGGGCAUCUUCGGGGCCGCCACCAACAAGGUCAUCUGCUCCUCGCCCCUCUGCCCGGCCUACCGCAAGGAGGUGGUGGGCAUGGUGGACGACCGGGUGUGCAAGAAGUGUCCCCCGCAGCGCCUCAGCCGCUUCCAGGAGGAGUGCCACAAGUACCGCACGCUGGUCAUCAAGGGCGUCCGCGUCUUCGACCUGGCCGUCCUCGCCCCGCUCAUGCGGGACCCGACCCUGGACCUCAAAGUCAUCCACCUGGUGCGGGACCCCCGGGCCGUCGCCAGCUCCCGCAUCAAGUCCCGGCACGGCCUCAUCCGGGAGAGCCUGCAGGUGGUGAGGAGCAGGGACCCCCGCAUCCACCGCAUGCCCUUCCUCGAUGCCGGCCACAAGCUGGGCGGAAAGAAGGAGGGAGGGGGCGGCUCGGACUACCAUGCCCUGGGUGCCAUGGAGGUCAUCUGCAGCAGCAUGGCCAAGACCCUGCAGACUGCUCUGCACCCCCCUGACUGGCUCCAGGGCAACUACAUGGCUGUGCGCUACGAGGACCUGGUGGUCGAGCCCAUCAAGACCCUGCGGCAGGUGUACGGCUUCGUCAACCUGGCAGUCAGCCCAGAGAUGGAGAAGUUUGCCCUCAACAUGACCAGUGGCCCCGGCUACUCAUCCAAGCCCUUUGAGACUAUAGACUUUUCUACAGGAAGUACAUUUUGCAUUGCCUAUUUGGGUGUUGUGCCUUCAGCAAAUGUGAAGAGUGAGUAG